AUGGCGCCAUUAAUCCUACAUAACGUUCCCGACGAGGAGCUAUACAUCGGCGAUGAUGGCAUCCAACGACCAUAUGCGAUGGUCUUCCCACAGCAGGAGGGCCACGCAGGCAGCACGCGAUCACGACGCGCCGUAGCCGAGACGGGAUCCUUCGGCAAGUCGACUCGACGCGCGAGAUCAAGGACGGGGACGCCAGCUAAGAGGGACAACCCUACUCUGACGGCGGCCGACAAAGUUUUCAGCGAGUGGAUAUCUACGCAAGCGGCGCCGCCGGCAAAUGCGAGCGCGACGGCGGCGAGCCGCAAAGCAUCGUCGAUGAUGAACGAAGAGGCUCCUUCGGCCCAACAUCGCCUCGUCAAGAAGGAGCCGACGGAGGUGAUCCUUCGGGGAUACAAAAACUCGGAUCAGCAGUACGCUGCGAUAAAUCACUACGAGCAACUCGCCGGGAGGAUCUGCGAGGAUUAUCCUAGGCAGCCACCCCUGGACCAUACGAGAUACAAGUCCGAGUUGAGGGAUCCCGCGUUCAUUAGGCAAAAGCCAUUGACACCCGAGGAAAGGGCAAAGGUCAACAAGGCUGAUGGCGGAGAGCACUGGGUAAAGGUUACUUUCGAGUCGGCUGAUGCGGCUGAGACUGCUAUUUACGCAUCACCUCAGAGCAUCCUCGGUCAUAUCGUUCACGUUGAGCCUUACCAUGGCCAUCCUCCCAAUAGGGACGAGGCCAUCCCCGAUAUCGAGAGCCUCAACGACCAUCCGAGAUCCAGGUCCGUUCCUAACUUAGCUAGGCAGGACUCCGGUCGUGGACGCCACGACAAGAGGGCAGCCUCAGUCUUCGCCACCGAUCACUUCGACCCCUUCGCCAUCCCCACCAACGGUACCUCAUCCCCCGACUCCCGGAUAUCCUCGCACACCCUUGAUUCCAACACUCUCUCCUCUGCCACCGUCACCGAUGCCCACCUCUCCCAUCGCGGCCACACUACAGCGACGCAAGAGGGCCCCGCGGAUAGCGUGUUUUGUAGAAAGAUCCCCACUGCUCGUCGGGCCACGCUGCUCCCCGCCGAACAGGCUCUACUUCCUCAACAAUCAUUCACGCAGCGCAUCAUCAACGCCAUCCCGUUCCUGAAGUGGUUCAGCGGGUCCAUGAUAGGAAACGAAGUCCCGCGCACCGAGCUAGGCGACUUUGAUUGGAACCGAGCGAGUUUAUAUUGGAAGUUUAUAUGGUGGCUGGAUGCGACGUUUAACUUGUUUGGCGGAGAAAUCUUGACCGCUGACAAGGAGGAUUAG